UUCCGCGUCGGAGACCCGGGAGCUGGAGCCCGAGCGGCGUCUUGAGACCCGGCCGGCCGUGAGGCCCGAGCGGCACUUGGGGUCCAGGGUCAGGGCAGGAACCUGGACCGAGGCGGCGGGCGCUGCGUCCCUGCGAGAUGGACGGGCCAGAAGGCAAUGUCGGGCAGCCCGGCCCCGCUGAUCGGUCCCAUCGAAGCAGCGUGUCCUCCGUGGGAGCCCGAGCAGCCGACGUGCUGGUGUACCUGGCAGAUGACACGAUGCUGCCCCUGGCCGUGGAGAACCUGCCCUCGCUCACUGCCCAUGAGCUGCAUCGGGCUGUCCGUGAGGUCCUGCAGCUCCCAGACAUCGCCCAGGAUGCCUUUGCGCUCUGGCUCGUCUCCCCUCUGCUGGAGGUGCAGCUGAAGCCCAAGCACCAGCCCUACAAGCUGGGCCGCCAGUGGCAGGAACUGCUGCUGCGAUUCACCGAUGCUCCGGACGACGACGUGGCCGUGGAUGAGCCUUCCCUGCAGUUCCGGAGGAAUGUGUUUUUCCCCAAACAGCGGGAGCUCCAGAUCCACGACAAGGAGGUCCUGCGGCUGCUCUACGAGGAGGCCAAGGGCAACGUGCUAGCCGCUCGGUACCCAUGUGAUGUGGAGGACUGUGAAGCCCUAGGCGCCCUGGUGUGCCGGGUGCAGCUCGGGCCUUACCAACCUGGCCAGCCCACUGCCUGUGCCCUGAGGGAGAAGCUGGACUCCUUCCUCCCUGCCCACCUCUGUAGGCGGGGCCACGGGCUCUUCGCUGCCCUCCGGGGCCGUGGGGCAAAGGCCGGGCCGGGCGAGCAGGGCCUGCUGAACGCCUACCGCAGGGUGAAGGAGACGGCCGGCAGCAACAGCAAGCCGGAGGCCUCCCUGAGCCCCCACUACCGUGCCUACCUCUUCAAGUGCCACGAGCUGCCCUUCUACGGGUGUGCCUUCUUCCACGGUGAGAUUGACAAGCCAGCCCAGGGCUUUUUGCACCGCAGUGGGCGGAAGCCAGUGUCUGUGGCCGUCAGUCUGGAGGGUGUGCAUGUCAUCGACAGCAGGGAGAAGCACGUCCUGCUGGGCCUGCGCUUCCAGGAGCUGUCGUGGGACCACACCUCACCCGAGGAGGAGGAGUCUGUCCUGUGGCUGGAGUUCGAUGGGGACAACGAGGGCACACCGGUCAACAAGCUCCUCAAGAUCUACUCCAAGCAGGCCGAGCUGAUGAGCAGCCUCAUCGAGUACUGCAUCGAGCUGAGCCAGGCCGCGGAGCCCGCAGCCCCCCAGGAGAGCGCGGCCAGCCCCGCCUCGGCCCCCGGCUCCUCCCCACCCCCCGCCCAGCGCCCCCAGCUGCGGAGGCAGGGCAGUGUGGUGUGCAGCCGGAUCCAGCAUCUCUCCACCAUCGACUACGUGGAGGAGGACGUGUCCAGAUAUGAAAAAUUGGAAACCACUAGUGUCUGGUAUUAAAGGUGUGGGUACAGGAAGGAUGGGCCCACACCCUGUGGGGUCCGUGCAGCUGGUAAAGAUGCCAUACGUACCCUAAUGCACUGUGGUGUCUCAGAUCGGGUCCUGAACAGACAGUGGACAUUGUGGAAGAAUAGGUGAAAUCCACAAGUGUGCAGCUUAGUUAGUAAAGCUGCACCGUGUUCUAUGACACAGACCAUGGUCACAGAUGAUGUUAACACAGGAGAAGCUCAUGAGGAUAUGCAGGAACUCUUUGUAUCAUCCUUGGAACUUUUCUGUAAGUCUAGAAUUAUUCCAAAAUAAAAAGGUUGGUUUUUUUUUUUUUUCUCUCCUAAAUGGCAAGAUGUUCACAAAAUAGCACUGAGUAGAAAAAAUCAGAUACGAGUACUAGAUACCUGGUGCCUGUCCACAUGCGAGAUGGCGUCCACAUGUACAAGAAGGGAGAGACCCCUCUGCAGCCAUCAACUGCUGUAAUUUUACUUUUUUUCUUUGUGCUUCUUUCUGGCACUUAAAUUUUUACAAGCAAGGCAUUUUUAUCAUCGGAAAAAGCAAAAUAAUUUUUCUCUGACACAUUUGCUACCGCCGUUGCCGUCUUCCUUGCCUAGUGAGCUCAGCCCCUUUCCCCUACAUCCCCGCUUGCUGGACGUCAUAGUUACAGCUGACCCUGGAACAAGACCAGUUUGAGCUGCGUGGAUCCACUCACACGCGCGUCUUUUUCGGUAGUAAACACUACAGGACUACACGAUCCGUAGUUCGUUGACUCCGUGGAUACGGAGGAACCACGGGUAUAUGAAGGGCCAACUAUAAGUUAUAUUCAGAUUUUCGACUGCACAGAAGGUUGGCGCCCCAACCCCUGCGUUGUCCAAGGGCCAACUGUAUUUCUAGUUCUCAGCUACUACAGACAGCAUACCUGUAGCCAGGUCGUUAUCUGGAAUCUGAACUGUUUCCUCAGGAUAAAUUCCUAGAAAUAGGGUUGCUGGGUCAACAUGUGUGCCCACUAUACCCAUCCCAGGAGAGAAGGAGGCACCUGCCUUCUGCACCCUCACCCACGACGUGUGUUACCGUCCUGAGGGGCAAAGAACUCGUUGGAGCUGGUGUUUGGACGCUGGUGGUGAAGUGCAUUGUUUUUACGUGAUUACAUACAGUUUCUUCAUGCAUUACUGUUCAUUUCUGUUGCCUGUAUUUCUUCUGUUGCUUGAGUUUUUAAAUUAACAUCUUAUGUUAAUACGGUAUAUUUGUUAGAAUUAAUGAACCGACAUGAUAUUAUUAACUAAAGCCCUUAGUUUUAACCUUAUGUCCUUUUUCAGCCCCAGGGUCCCAUCCAGGACACCACACUACAUCUGGUUGUCAUGUCUCCUUAGGCUCCUCUUGGCUGUGACAGGUUUCUCAGGCUUUCCUUGUUUUUUGAUGACCUUGACAGUCUUGAGGCAUACUGGUCAGGGCUAUUGUAGGAUGCCCCUUUAUUGGAAUUUCUCUUAUGUUUUUUCCUGUUAUUAGGUGGAGUUAUGGGUUUGGGGAGGAGUCUUUUUAGGGACUUCCCUGGCAGUCCUGUGGUUAGGACUCCAGGCUUCCACUGGCAGGGGCCCAGGUUCAGUCCCUGGUCAGGGAACUAAGAUCCCGCAAGCCUCACAGUGAGGAAAAAAAAAAAAAAGUCUUUUUAUUUCAUUGAGGGUCACCUUCAGCCAGUAGUACAUGUUAUAGGUAUUUUGUGGUUUUGGUCUGUUCUUUUUUUCUUUUUCUUUUUUUUGUAAUUGAAUUAUAGUUGACAUACAGUAUAUUAUAUAUUAUAUAUAUAGUGAUUGUGACAGACAUAGUGAUUCAGUAUUUUUAUAUGUUAUGAAAUGAUCGUAAGUCUAGUUACCAUCUGUCACCAUACAGAGUUAUUACAGCAUUCUUAACCAUAUUCCAUAUGCUGUAGAUUACAUCCCUGUGACUUAUUUUAUAGCUGGAAGUUAGUACACCUCCCUGGUCUCUUUUUUUUUUUAAUUUAUUUUAUUGGCUCUGUUGGGUCUUCGUUGCUGUGCGCGGGCUUUCUUUAGUUGCAGUGAGCGGGGGCUACUCUUCGUUGUGAUGCGCAGGCUCCUCAUUGCCGUGGCUUGUCUUGUUGCACAGCAUGGGCUCUAGGUGCGUGAGCUUCAGUAGUUGCAGCACAUGGGCUCAGUAGUUGUGGCUCACAGGCUCUAAAGCGCAGGCUCAAUAACUGUGGCGCACGGGCUUAGUUGCUCCGCGGCAUGUGGGAUCUUCCUGGAGCAGGGAUCGAACCCGUGUCCCCUGCAUUGGCCGGCGGAUUCUUAACCACUGCGCCACCUAGGAAACCCCCCGGUCUCUUCUUAAACAGGUUUAGACAGCACAGCAGGCCCAGCAUCAGAUGCAAACCCUGGUGGCCUCUGAUUCAGAGGCUGGCCACCCGCCCCACCUGUCCUGUUGCUGAUGGGAGAGCUGGGGGCGGGGGGCGGGUGGAGUGAGGUUCACGAAGCUGGCGGGAGUGAAGAG